ACUGGUUUAGCACUAAAAGAAUAUUGGAUAGUAGUGGGUUGACUUGUUAAUCUUAUAUAGAUACAGCACCUUCAGUAUAAAUUAACUCUUUGGCGAUUUACGUUCAGUUAGUUCUUUGUCUGUGUGUGUGCUGAACAAGAGUUUUUGGAAAAUGGACAAACUGUACGUGAUUGGUGUUCUGGCACUCUGUUUUGCAGGUGCAAUUUCUGAAGACCUGCCUGUUACUCAACAGUGCUUAGGAUGUCUAUGUGAAGCUAGCUCCAACUGUGACAUCAGCGGACAAUGUGCUGGUGACGUUUGUGGUCCUUUCAGGAUAACUUGGGCAUACUGGGCUGAUGCUGGAAAACCAACAGUGAACAACGAAGCUACUGAUGCACCACAAGCUUAUGCUCACUGUGCUGCUGACACAUACUGUUCUGCCUUAGCUGUCCAAGGAUAUAUGCAGAAAUUCCAACAGGAUUGCAACGGGGAUAACAGAAUAGAUUGCGAUGACUUCGCUCUCAUUCACAAAUAUGGAGGUUACGGAUGUAAAGGUCAAGCACUCCCUGGUGUCUUUGGACAACGUUACCAGCAGUGUAAAAUCCUAGUGGGCGGACAAGGACAACAAUAAGAAAGGCUGAGAUGAUUUAACAAUAGGAAAAACCUAAUACCGAAUGUUGACGUCAUUAUGUGUACGAGUAAUUAAUGUGUUACUCUAGACUAGGAGGAGAUUAUACUGUGAAGUGAUAUAUUGUUAAUAAGAAACCUUUAUUUAUUAAAACUAAACUUUA